AUGCCGCAACCGCGACAUUUGCAGAUGCAUUGGGCGCGCGCGUGCGUGGCCUUCCAGGACCGCGCGUGGAACGCAGUUCACGCUACUCUCUACGACAGUGGCAAUUUGACGCUCAUGGGCAUGCACCCAGGGGGGAGCGACAAGGCCACGAAGGCAUUAUCGCUGACGCUGCAUAUUCCAGGCGCGGGUAUGCGAGAUUUCGUCGACAAGUUCAAGGGGCUGAAGAAAAGCUACAUCAGCGAAGUCCAGGAGCUGCAAGCGCAAGUUACCGACGAGCUGCUCUACAAGUCGCACUGUGCGGAGAUCGUUUCUGCGGCCUUCGCGCCGACCGACAUUGGAAUUGCCGCGAGGCAAUUCACAGGGCCAGAUUGUCUCGUGAGGCUCUCGCUGACGACGUCCGCUAACACGUUGAAAUUUACCGACCCCUUGAAGCGCGCUCUCUUCAUCGGCGAUGCUGACGCGCCCGACGGGGCGACGACUCCGAAGAAAGCUUGCAGCGCCAUUGGUAAAUUACUGAGCCCCGACGACCCUGCCAACACCGCGCGCGACAUGAUCUACAAGUCCUUUGCGGCCGGCGCACAAUGCACCUCAGCGUUUGACGACGCGCUGGUCGAGGCAAUGUUCGAGGGCCUCGGCGCUGAAGAUACGAGCGAAUUCCCAGAGGUCCUGGAAGCUAUUAAGAAGGGAAAGAUCAGGUCGCUGGGGGCCAUGGCCGGUGUCCUGAGGGCCGCGUUCCUGGGCGCGGUCGCUUUGAGCAUCAUGGCGGAUGGGCCGGGCCAGUGCCAGGACCUGGUCGAAGGGUGGUCGGCCGACGGUCGCCCGAUCGCCUGCGCGCUGUACCGCACGGCGCAAGCGGCCGCUAGGGAAGGCCAGCCGCAGGGCGAGCACGCCGUGCUCGCUGGCGCGCCGCUGGGCGGCGUCGACGGCGCCGCCCGCGCGCCCGGCGCGGGGAGCAGCCGCGCGUUGGCCCCGCCGCUCGCGGCGGGCCCGCGUCCAGAUCGGGGAGCCAGGGAACGCCACGUGUGGGAGGCUGUCUGUCUCGUUCGCGAGAAAUUUAGGCUGGUGCCCCGCGCGGCGGUCGUGCACCAUUCGGUCCUUCCACGGCUGCGUCGGCCUGGGUCACACUGCUGCGCGCGCGGCAGGCGCCAAGGGCACGGGCGCGUACUCAGUUGUUGA